GAGCGAUAGCUAGUUAAUCAGGCAAGAUAUCACUCCGUGAGUUUAGGUAUUUUAUUCUACAGGUACUGCAGAAGGCUCGACCAAGUUUGAGCUUAAGAUUCGCUCGCUCGAUCUCCGUCUCAAUUACUUUCCAGACCAUGAGUUCCUCGCUCUUGAAUCUGCUUUUGUUUCCGUUCUUAUUGUUAGUUGCGUUCAACUUCAGCUGGGUUCAGGGUUCAGCAGAGACCUUGAUAGAAGAGGCAAUUGAAGAGAUGAAUGCUCGGCGAAGUCCUGGCGCAGCCGAGGAGUCGAACGAUAUGUUAUCAGUCGAAUGCCCUCCGCCGUAUUUUCAAGUCAUGUCGGAGUGCUUUUACGUGCACACAAGUCACCUUCUCCCCUGGACCCAAGCAAGAGCAUUUUGCCAAGGAAUGGCAGGAGACUUGGCCCAGCCACGUUACCUCAACGCCCUCCUCGCUGUAGUGGCUGAAAAGUACAAGUUGGGUCCGUCCCACCUGUGGCUCGGAGCAUCAGACCUCGAGACCGAAGGAACCUUUCGGUGGCUAUCAGGAGAAGUCGUGACAACCGGAUGGCGAGAGAACCAGCCUGACGACGCCGUAGGAGAUGAGGAUUGCCUUGAGAUGUGGACUGCAAAGUUUCCAAGUCUCAGCGAUAAGCAAUGCCAUUUGAAUAGUGCCUUCAUCUGCCAGUAUAUGUAAAGACAGGCUUUACAGUGGAGGGGUGUGAGAAUGUCAGUGUAAUCCGAUAAUCUGACCAGUAGAUAUGAUAAAUAUAGCAGUUAUCUAGAGAGACAGGCUACUUACAAAGAUAACGGUCCCCCAAAAUAUUUGUGAAUAAAUAAAACACAUCUCCCCAAAUAAAUAUUUUUGUUUUUCUAAUGGAAUAUAUCAUCACUGACUUUGAAACACGAUUUUGUCCUUGUCCUACAAAGAGUACCCCGCUAUAAAGAACAUUUAAUAUCUUACCGACGUGAGUUAGACGAAACCAGUUUUGGUUGGUUACGAGAACGCAUUCGCAGCGGAAUACGAGGAUUGGAAUCGAUACUCAGCGUCCGUGUCUUUUUCUUGUCGUCUAUAGAUAUGUUAGUAAACCUUAGUUGUAUCUUAUACUCCUAUACAUUUUAGAUUAAAUAAAAUCAUAGUAAUGUAA